AUGGUCCACCCAGUGUCUAAUGUCAAAUGCACCCAGCAUCGCAAACAUGACCACCGUGUGGCGCUAGUGCCACUCUCCGGGUAGUCGAUAGUUUUGUUGACGGAAGUUCGCACGGAAGAAGAAAGAAGCAGUAAUGGUGCGGGUGAAGUCCAGGUAUUUACUGUGCGAAGUGAACGUGUCAGACAGGAGCCGCCUGUUGUUGCUGGAUGACCGAGCUGUUGCAGCGACAGUGAAGGCAGCGGUGGCCCGCAUACAUGGGGACUAUGGGGCAGCUCUCUGCAGCAUCAGGUUCUCUGUGAAAUAUCUGAAUGCUCAUACUGGAAUAGUAUUCCUGCGCUUCCCCAAAAAGUGUUACAGACUCCUCUGGUCUGCAUUGCCUUUCAUAACCUGUAUUGAAACUCGUGGGCAGAAGAUCUCCUGUUUUCUGAACUGUUUGCAUGUCGGAGGAACAAUGAGAACAUGUCAGAAGUUUCUGAUCCGAUACAACACCCAGCAGCUCCAUCGAAUGCUCCCUAAGUGUAAAAACGAAGAAGAAAAGCAACAGGUUCAGAAAGCAAUUCUAAACUGCUCCCUAACAGGACGAAACAAGGAAGCAUUUGAAGUUGAAUCAGAGAGUGAGGAAGAUGAAGAAGAAGAGUGACUUUACAGCAUGCCGUAAAAGGCAGCAAACUAUUUCUGUUAUAGGACCGAUACAAAGAAAAAAUAUUAUUUGAAGACAUGCGUACCCAACUCUGUGGAAAUAUGGUUAACUGCAGCUGCUCAGUCUCUGUCAGACAGACUGUAUGCUAGUCUUCAACAGAGGAACACAUUACAUGAUGUUUGUCACACAUAAAUACUUUGGGUUGGCAGAAUGACCUGAUAGUCAGUAUUUAACGUGAACAGAAUGUCUUAGUUCUUUUGGGAAAGUGUCACCAAAAAUAUAAAUAUAUAUAAUGACUAUGUUCUCAUUCUGAAGAAACAGUUUUUAUCUUUUAAUUAACUUCUUUUGUAUUUCUACUAUGGUUUGUGCUCCUCUGUAUUUUGUUUUGUUUACAAAUUAAAGCACUGUUUUGGAAG